CUCAGCUUCAUGAGCACGCUCUUUGCAGAUACCAGGUGGAGAGACCAGAACGUCAGCCUGUUGCAAAACCUGUCCAAGCCCUCAGCGGUACUGGAAACCUCCAUCCGAGCCAAUUCUCUGCCCCCGCCGGAGGAAGCACACUUACUCUUUAACGCCUAUUUGAAUGGCUCCCACGUGCAGAAUCCCUUCUUGCUGCGCCGCGACGUCCAACAGCUCUAUCAUUCAGUUUUCUCGGGUGCUCACGGCGCUGCGUCCCGGCCAAAUCUCCCACCCCCUCUGCAACGACUGACUGACUUCCGAGUGUUUAUGAUUCUUGCCAUUGGAGCAGUGCCUCUUUACCGAUCUGGCAGACACACGAGCCACCCAUAUGGAUACUUCCUGGCUGCCAUGGAUCAUGUGGAUUUCAACGUACUGUCCAAGGGACUAGACUCAAUACAAGACUUACUUUUAGUGGUGAGAUUUGGUAUAUAUCAUCACAUUGGUAGAACAUCCAUCUGGGAGCUCACAACACUCUGCAUGCGCAUGUGCAUCGAGCAAAACCUUCACAGGCCACCCCGCUCAAAGCCCGGGAGUCGGAGCAGCCUCCUGCAUCAACAAAUGCAACGACGAGUGUUCUGGGAAUGCUACAUGAUCGACCGCUACAGUUCCAUCACCCUGGACCGGCCCUUCGCGAUCGCGGAGAAGGAAAUCCAGAUUGGCCUUCCCGCGGACGCGAGUGACGAGGAAAUCGACGCCGCAGAGGCAUCCGGCUCGUUUCCGGAUCUCGACUCCAUCUGCCGGGCGAUUGCGUGUCGGAGUCCAGGCACGACGACGGAGAUGUCGGUGUUCUUCCUCUGCGUACGGCUGCGGAAGAUCACCUCGAAAAUACACGCCAGGUUUCGGCACCAGGAGGCCCCAGUGUUGCCAGUCUACCCUGCUACGAUGCUGGACAUCACGGCGUCGGGGAGAAUAUACGGUGACCUGGAAGAAUUGCUUCAGGAGCUGCAGGAGUGGCGUCUCUCAGCACCUGUGUUCCCCGCUCCGCAGAGCCUGUACCAGAUGCAGGCGUGGUAUGACCUGCUUCUCAUGAGGGAGAGACUCUUGCUGGUGCGCAAGGCGAUCGACCUGGUGCCCAAAUCGGGCAACACACCCCCGGAAGAUCUGCUGUCGCUCUGUCUGGAGUAUGCGAUUGCGACAAUCCAGACAUUCUGCCCGUUGUUCGACGCCAACACGAUCACGUACACACGUAGCUAUUUCCAGAUGCUCUUCACAGCCGGGCUGUCCGUAAUGUUCUGCCUCUCGUCUCUCGCGGUUCCGACCUCCGCCGUGCGGGAGCAGGCCGUUGAGGCAGUGGAGCAGAGCGAAAGGGCCCUGAAGAGGAUGGGCAAGGAGCUACCGGAUGCAGUGCACUACAUCGCCGUUUAUGAGGCCUUGCGCUCGCACGUUAUUAGCAAGAUGCGGACGGUGCCGAGGUCGGCUGGGGAGUGGGAUGAGGCUUGUCGACACGAGCGAGCAACUGCACAGGAAGAGUUGCUAGUGCAGGGAGAUGCCAAUCCUUACCCAGCCAACUCCCUCGGCCUCAACCACAAACUGCACUCGAGCAACAACAAUGAUCCUCCGCUCGAGAAUGACCCCCAGCUUGAUCCUUCGCUCUUCUCGCUCGAUAUCUUCGACGACAGCACCUUCUGGAACACGGAAUACGGACUGGGCGAGUACGCGUACGGGGAUCCGCUGUUUUAUUCCUCGCUGCUGCACGACGAGAGUCUAUGAACAUUUGCGACGAUGCAGAAGACACUCUAUAACAUGAUGCAUGUAUGA